AUGGCUGCCUCGACGUCCUCAGCAGCGACAAGCGGCUCCAAGCCAGCAUGUAGACACCUUGUGCUCGAUGCGGGACCUCUUCUGUCGCUUUCGCCCCUCCGCGGGCUGUCGGAGGCCUACUACACCGUGCCCCAGGUCCUGGACGAGCUCAAGGACAAGCGGGCACGGGAACACUUUGAACGGCUUGGGCUGUCGGCGGGAGUGAGGAUCGAGAUGAAGGGGCCAUCCACAGCAUCCAUUGCACAUGUGAUCCAGUGGGCAAAGAAGACGGGAGACUAUGCUGUGCUCUCGCAUCCCGAUAUUUGCGUCUUGGCUUUGACAUAUGAACUGGAUCAGCAAGAGAAGGAGGCUGCUGCGAAAGCGAAGGCGGAGAGCGAUGCGUCUGGAGAGACUAGCCAGACACCAGAGGCGGAAAGCAAGCAGGACACGGACGAAAGCGCUCCGCAGGCAGAGGAGGAAAGCCCUGAGGGGCCCCUCGAGUCCGAUGUCGGAGAAGUCGUUGAAGAGGUCUUCUCCGAGUCAGAAGAAGUGCCCCCUCCCUCUGAGUCGGAAGAAGACGACACGGAAGAAGACCUUGAAGAGAGGGAACCUCUUGCCGUAGAGCUCCAGCCCAUUCAAGGCGAGAUCGCCACUCCCACCGAGCCCUCUCCUUCACCUCUACCCACCUCCGAACCUCCCACCGCAUCUCCACCAGCCGAGGACGCACCUGUUUACGAUGAUCCUUCAGACGAGGACGAUGGCGAGGGAGAGUGGAUCACACCCUCAAAUGUCGCUCUACACAAAUCCCGCGCGCUUGAUCUCCUACCCGGAGAAGGUGCCGGGCGGAAGGGAAAGAAACCGCAAGAGACCAUCCCUGUGGGCUGCAUGACCGCCGAUUUCGCGAUGCAGAACGUGCUGCUGCAAAUGGGUCUCGGUUUGGUCGGCGUAGAGGGCAAACGCAUCGAACGCGUGAAGAGCUGGGUGCUCCGGUGUCAUGCCUGCUUCAAAAUCUGCAAAGACGCAUCACGGAAGUUCUGUCCAGCGUGCGGGAACCCGAGUCUGCUCCGCGCGUCUGUCACGAUCUCCUCCCCGAACGCGGGCCCGAACACGCCCGCAAUGCAGGUGCACCUCAAAAAGAACUUACAGUUCAAGACGCGCGGUACCGUCUUCUCGAUCCCCGCACCCAAGCCCGGAUCCGCGAAGACCGGUCCCGGAGAGGGUCUCAUCCUGCGCGAGGACCAGACGACGUACAUGCGUGCGAAGAAGCAUGCGGAUGGGAAGCGCGAGCGGGAGGAGAAGCGGAUGCUCAACGCGGCGACUAAGAGCGCAGAGAUGGGGCAAGGUGGCACGGUCGUGAGCAGCUGGAUGGACCCGGACUGGGUACCGGAGAUCUUGAGCACUGGCACCGGUGGAAAGGGGAGGAGCGUGCGCGCGAGGGGGUACGAUGGGGACAUGCCUAUGAUCGGGUACGGGAGGAAAAACCCGAACGAGCGGAGGAGGAAGAAGUGA